GACAGCGGCGACCGCUCCUCUCCUCCCUGUUUCCAAGGGGAAAUGUCGAGCGAGAAGCCGGUUUCAGCACCACCUGGCUCUGCUUCUUCGCUCACGGACACAGACCGAGACUCCCAUCCUCCGCCGGGCUCCUCCGUGCAGCAGGUCGCCGCGGGCGCUAGCUCCGGCGCCACCGGGGAAAGGAUGGUGUCUGCAGCCGGCUCUAUGGUCCUCCCGGCCGGCGUGAUCAACCCCGCUGUCCCGAUCAGGAAUAUCCAGAUGAAAUUCGCCGUGCUGGUGGGCCUGAUCCAGGUCGGGGAGGUUAGCAACAGGGACAUCGUGGAGACCGUGCUGAACCUGCUGGUGGGCGGCGAGUUUGACCUGGAGAUGAACUUCAUCAUCCAGGAGGCGGAGAGCAUCGGCUGCAUGGUAGAGUUGUUGUCCCACUGCGAGGUGACGUGCCAGGCUGAGAUCUGGAGCAUGUUCACAGCCAUCCUGCGCAAGAGCGUGCGCAACCUGCAGACCAGCACAGAGGUCGGCCUCAUCCAGCAGGUGCUGCUCAAGAUGAGCACCGUGGACGACAUGAUCGCAGACCUUCUGGUGGACAUGCUGGGAGUCAUGGCCAGUUACAGCAUCACAGUCAAGGAGCUGAAGCUGCUCUUCAGUAUGUUGAGAGGGGACAACGGCAUCUGGCCGAGACACGCGAUCAAGCUCUUGUCGGUGUUGAACCAGAUGCCUCAGAGACACGGUCCUGAUACCUUCUUCAACUUUCCAGGACGCAGUGCAGCGGCUAUAGCGUUGCCGCCAAUUGCCAAAUGGCCUUACCAGAACGGAUUCACUAUCAACACUUGGUUCAGACAGGAUCCACUCAACAACAUCAACGUGGACAAAGACAAACCGUACCUCUAUUGCUUUCGCACCAGUAAAGGAAUAGGUUACUCCGCUCACUUUGUGGGAAACUGUCUCAUCGUGACGUCGUUGAAAUCGAAAGGAAAAGGCUUCCAGCACUGCGUGAAAUACGAUUUCCAACCCCGCAAGUGGUACAUGAUCAGCAUUGUCCACAUCUACAACCGCUGGAGGAACUCAGAGAUUCGUUGCUAUGUCAACGGUCAGCUGGUCUCCUAUGGCGAUAUGGCCUGGCACGUCAACACCAAUGAUAGCUAUGACAAGUGUUUCCUGGGUUCAUCAGAGACAGCGGACGCUAACAGGGUGUUUUGUGGUCAGCUGGGAGCCAUUUAUGUAUUCAGUGAAGCUCUCAACCCAGCUCAGAUCUUUGCCAUUCACCAGCUUGGCCCAGGAUACAAGAGCACUUUCAAGUUUAAGUCAGAGAGCGACAUCCACCUGGCUGAGCACCACAAGCAGGUGUUGUACGAUGGCAAGCUGGCCAGCUCCAUCUCCUUCACCUACAACGCCAAGGCGACGGAUGCCCAGCUCUGCCUGGAGUCGUCGCCCAGGGAAAACCCGUCCAUCUUUGUCCACUCACCGCACGCACUCAUGCUACAGGAUGUGAAAGCUAUUGUUACCCACUCCAUCCACAGCGCCAUCCACUCUAUAGGAGGCAUCCAGGUCCUGUUUCCUCUCUUUGCUCAGCUGGACUACAAACAGCUCAAUGACAGCAGCGUGGACACCACAGUCUGUGCUACUCUGCUGGCCUUCCUGGUGGAGCUGCUGAAGAGCUCGGUGGCCAUGCAGGAGCAGAUGCUGGGAGGCAAGGGCUUCCUGGUGAUUGGAUAUCUGCUGGAGAAGUCGUCACGAGUUCACAUCACCCGGGCGGUCCUUGAACAGUUCCUGUCCUUCGCCAAGUAUCUGGAUGGUUUACCUCAUGGAGCGCCGCUCCUCAAACAGCUCUGUGACCAUGUCCUCUUCAACGCUGCCAUCUGGAUACACACCCCUGCCAAGGUCCAGCUGUCCCUUUACACAUACCUUUCAUCGGAGUUCAUCGGCACCGCCACCAUCUACACCACCAUCCGCCGUGUGGGCACCGUCCUGCAGCUGAUGCACACUCUUAAGUACUACUACUGGGCGAUCAACCCGCUGGAGUGCAGUGGAAUCACCCCCAAAGGUCUCGACGGACCUCGGCCGUCCCAAAAGGAGAUCAUCUCGCUCAGAGCCUUCAUGCUUCUCUUCCUCAAACAACUCAUUCUAAAGGACCGGGGCGUGAAGGAGGACGAGCUGCAGAGCAUUCUCAACUACCUACUGACCAUGCAUGAGGAUGAGAAUAUCCAUGACGUGCUUCAGCUGCUGGUGGCUCUUAUGUCUGAACACCCGGCGUCCAUGAUCCCUGCGUUUGACCAGAGGAACGGAAUAAGGGUGAUCUGCAAGCUCCUGGCCUCGAAGAGUGAGAGCAUCCGAGUCCAAGCCCUCAAAGUCCUGGGCUACUUCCUCAAGCACCUUGGUCACAAGAGGAAGGUAGAGAUCAUGCACACUCACAGUCUGUUCACACUGCUGGGGGAGAGGCUGAUGAUGCACACUAACACCGUCUCUAUCACCACCUACAACACUCUGUAUGAGAUUCUCACAGAGCAGGUCUGUACUCAGGUGGUUCACAAACCCCACCCUGAGCCCGACUCCACCGUCAAGAUCCAGAAUCCAAUGAUUCUAAAGGUAGUGGCGACCCUCCUGAAGAACUCCACUCCCAGCGCUGAGCUGAUGGAAGUCAGGAGACUCUUUCUUUCCGACAUGAUUAAACUCUUCAGUAACAGCCGCGAAAACCGGCGCUGCCUGCUGCAGUGCUCCGUGUGGCAGGACUGGAUGUUCUCCCUCGGAUACAUCAACCCCAAGAACCCCGAGGAGCAGAAAAUAACUGAGAUGGUGUACAACAUAUUUAGGAUCCUGCUGUACCACGCCAUUAAAUACGAGUGGGGAGGGUGGCGAGUCUGGGUCGACACCCUGUCUAUCGCACACUCCAAGGUGACCUACGAAGCCCAUAAGGAAUACUUAGCUAAAAUGUAUGAGGAGUACCAGCGUCAGGAGGAGGAAAACAUGAAGAAGGGGAAGAAAGGCUCUGUGUCCACCAUCUCUGGUCUUUCUGCUACGCCCACCCCUGUUGUCAACGGCAACCUGGAGAUCGACGACAACUCCCAGACGCAGACCCCCGAGAGCGAGGCUGAGUAUAGCGAGGGGGCUGGCGGAGACUCGCGCAACCUCCUCGCAGAAGGCGCUGUGAAACGACCCAACGGGGAAGCCCUGACACCCGGGGAGCAGAGCGCUGGUCCAGGGGUGAGGGUGGAGGUCCACGACCUGCUGGUGGACAUCAAAGCCGAGAAGGUGGAGGCCACAGAGGUGAAGCUGGAUGAUCUUGACUUGUCUCCAGAAGGCCUCGGUGGAAGUGUAGGUGGAGGAGGUGGAGGAGGAAUGGAGAACGGACCUUUGGUGGAGGUGGACUCUCUCCUGGACAGUGCCUACUGCGCUGUGGUUCAGAACCUGAACGGGAAUCUGGCGCCUAAAGACGACACGCCAGGCUCAGGGGUUGGGAUGGGGCCGAGCCUGGGGCUUUCAGGAGUCAACCUGGAGGAUGAUGGGAACAUGGGUCCACUCAUUACGUUGGCUGAUGAGAAGGACAGUGUCCCAAGCAACAACGGAUUUCUCUUCAGCAAGGUUGAUGAGAAACUGCUUCCAGCUCUGGCAGCCACGGACCCCCUUGUGCUGCCGAGUCCAGACCAGCCCACUCCAUCCGGCCCGGUCCCAGCUCACUCCACCACCAGCGCCAGUGAUGACCUCAGCCUGCUGGCCCACAUGACAAGCUGCGGCUCUGAUUUACAGACCCAGAGCCACACUUCUGGGGAACUUCCAGAGGACGGGCCCUUCAAGAUCCAGAGCCCUCUUGCUGACAUCAGCUCCAUCGCUGAGGCUGAGAGCCAAACCCAGAUACAGGGAGCCUCCAGACCAGAUUUCCCAGAAGGAGAGGGCACAGCCGGGGCAGAGGGAGAGGCUGCGGGGCUCAAGACUGGCGGAGACACAGCCAGCACCACCUCUGAUACGGAGAGGUCGGACGAUGGGAAAGACAAGGACACGAAAAAGAUCCAAACUACUGCGACUACUCAGGCCCUUCAUGGUCGUACUGCGGCGCAGCUGGAGCGGGACCUGCGUGUUGACCUGGGUUUCAGAGGCAUGCCCAUGACGGAGGAGCAACGCCGGCAGUUCAGCCCCGGCCCGCGCACGACUAUGUUCCGCAUCCCAGAAUUCAAGUGGUCUCCCAUGCACCAGAGGUUGCUCACUGACCUGCUUUUCGCCCUGGAAACUGACGUGCAUGUGUGGAGGAGCCACUCCACCAAGUCUGUGAUGGAUUUUGUGAACAGCAAUGAGAACAUCAUCUUCGUCCACAACACGAUCCACCUCAUUUCUCAGAUGGUGGACAACAUCAUCAUCGCCUGUGGAGGCAUCCUGCCUCUCCUGUCUGCUGCCACCUCCCCUUCUGGAGAGGAGACGGAGUUGGAGAACAUCGAGGCGACACAGGGCAUGUCUUCAGAGACGGCGGUCACCUUCCUGUCUCGUCUCAUGGCCAUGGUGGACGUGUUGGUGUUUGCCAGCUCCCUCAACUUCAGUGAGAUCGAGGCGGAGAAGAACAUGUCGUCAGGAGGGCUGAUGAGGCAAUGUCUCCGCCUGGUGUGCUGUGUGGCAGUGAGGAACUGUCUGGAGUGCAGGCAGAGACAGAGAGAUCGAAGCUGCAAGUCCUCUUUAACCAGCAGCAAGUCACAGGACAGCCUCCACAGUGCCUCCACCACCAGCAAGGAUCCAGACAGACUCCUGCAGGAUGUAGACAUCAAUCGUCUCCGAGCUGUGGUGUUUAGAGAUGUGGAUGACAGUAAGCAGGCUCAGUUUCUGGCGCUGGCAGUCGUCUAUUUUAUCUCAGUUCUCAUGGUAUCUAAAUACCGGGAUAUUUUGGAACCCCAGCGGGAGAUUGGCAGGUCCACCAGCCUAUCAGGGAGAAGCAUCCGCCACGAGAUCAACUCCCCAACCAGUACAGAGCACCCAUCCACAGCCUUCUCUGACCGUGACAAACAGACCCCCACCCCUGUAGAUGACUCUCCCCGGGCCGGCCUCCCCCACACAGACUCCGGCAUCGGAGAGGAGGGCCAUGUGGCCGGGUCCCUGAAUGGCUCGGAGAUGGGUCUUGGUGGAGGUGGGGGAGGAGGCACAGAUCUGUUGUGCAGCCUGUCGUCUGAUGUUAGGAGGUCACAGGAGAGCCUUCUGGAUUCUCCCCACAACCCCGGCUCCACCCCCAACUCCAGCCAAGCCCCGCCUUCAUCCAUCUCCAGCAUUAGUCAAACAAACAAAGGCAUCAAUGUCAAGGAGAUCCUGAAGAGCUUGGUGGCAGCUCCAGUUGACGGUGGAGAGCUGGGACAGGAGUCGGGGCCGACGCCCUAUCACCCAGACCCUGCCCUGAAGACACACCCCAUGCUGCCUAUGCAGUUCCACUCCUUCGACAGGAGUGUUGUGGUUCCAGUCAAAAAGCCACCACCUGGCAGCCUGUCAGUCAACACAGUGGGCACACCCACAACCAGUGGAGCAGCCACUGCCGGCAGCACACCUAACAUUUUUGCCGCUGCGACAGCAACGCCCAAGAGCAUGAUCAACACUACAGGUGCCACAGACUCUGCCUCCUCCUCCUCCUCCUCCUCUUCGUCAUUUGUCAAUGGUGCAACUAGUAAGAAUCUGCCAGCCGUGCAGACAGUGGCACCCAUGCCAGAAGACACUAUGGAGAAUAUGAGUAUUACCACCAAGCUGGAGCGCGCUCUGGAGAAGGUGGCCCCCCUGCUGAGGGAGAUUUUUGUGGACUUCGCCCCCUUCCUGUCCAGGACACUUCUUGGUAGCCAUGGGCAGGAACUGCUCAUAGAAGGUCUGGUGUGUAUGAAGUCUAGCACGUCUGUGGUGGAGCUCGUAAUGCUGCUGUGCUCUCAGGAGUGGCAAAACUCCAUUCAGAAGAACGCCGGACUGGCCUUCAUUGAGCUCAUCAAUGAGGGAAGACUCCUGUGCCACGCCAUGAAGGAUCAUAUUGUGCGCGUUGCCAACGAAGCAGAGUUCAUCCUGAACAGACAGAGAGCUGAGGAUGUGCACAAACACGCUGAAUUUGAGUCUAACUGCGCCCAGUACGCCGCGGACCGGAGAGAGGAGGAGAAAAUGUGCGAUCACCUCAUCAGCGCCGCUAAGCACAGAGAUCAUGUGACGGCCAACCAGCUGAAACAGAAGAUCCUCAACAUCCUGACCAAUAAGCAUGGAGCGUGGGGGACGAUGUCACAGAGCCAAUUACAUGACUUCUGGCGUCUAGACUACUGGGAGGACGACCUGAGGAGGAGACGGAGAUUUGUGCGAAACGCCUUCGGAUCCACCCACGCCGACGUGUCCCUCAAAGCUCUGGAGGACUACGGUACGGAAGAGGAAGAGGAGGGGCUUAAGUCGAAAAAGAAUUUCCGCAGCCAGUCAGUGGUCACCCAGAAUCCAGAGGCGGAGUUAAUGCUAGAGGGAGACGAUGACGCUGUCAGCCUGCUGCAGGAAAAAGAGAUUGAUAACCUCGCAGGGCCUGUGGUUCUGAGUACUCCAGCUCAAUUGGUCGCUCCAGUGGUGGUGGCUCGAGGCACUCUGUCCAUCACUACUACUGAGAUCUACUUUGAGGUGGACGAAGAGGAUUCUGCAUUCAAGAAGACUGAUGCUAAAGUGCUGGCCUACUCAGAGGGUCUGCACGGAAAAUGGAUGUUCAGUGAGAUCCGAGCUGUGUUUUCCAGACGCUACCUGCUGCAGAAUACCGGACUAGAGGUCUUCAUGGCCAACAGAACAUCUGUGAUGUUUAACUUCCCUGACCAGGCCACAGUCAAGAGGGUGGUUUACAGUCUCCCACGGGUGGGUGUAGGAACGAGUUACGGCCUCCCGCAGGCCAGACGGAUUUCCUUGGCCACCCCUCGUCAGCUCUUCAAGUCGUCCAACAUGACACAGCGCUGGCAGAGGAGAGAGAUCUCCAACUUUGAGUACCUCAUGUUCCUCAACACUAUUGCAGGGAGGACCUAUAAUGACCUGAACCAGUACCCUAUCUUCCCCUGGGUCUUGACCAACUAUGAUUCAGAGGAGCUCGAUCUCACUCUGCCUGGCAACUUCAGAGACCUCUCCAAGCCAAUCGGUGCACUGAAUCCCAAGCGAGCAGCGUUUUACGCAGAGCGCUACGAGACGUGGGACGACGACAGCACGCCUCCUCACCACUAUACAACCCUGUACUCCACCGCUCAUUCAACACUGAUGUGGAUGCUCAGAAUAGAGCCCUUCACCACAUUUUUCCUCAACGCCAACGAUAGCAAGUUUGACCAUCCAGAGAGAUCCUUCUCUGGCAUCGGCCGCUCGUGGAGGAACUGUCAGAGGGACACGGCUGAUGUCAAGGAGCUGAUCCCAGAGUUCUACUAUUUGCCGGAGAUGUUUGUCAACAGUAAUGAGUAUGAGCUCGGGGUGCGUGAAGAUGGAGUCCCUGUGUGUGACAUAGAGCUUCCUGCCUGGGCCAAGAAACCUGAAGACUUUGUCCGCAUUAACCGGAUGGCGUUGGAGAGCGAGUUUGUGUCGUGCCAGCUUCACCAGUGGAUUGAUCUAAUAUUUGGCUACAAGCAGCGAGGGCCAGAGGCGGUCCGAGCCCUCAACGUGUUCAACUUCUUGUCCUACGAGGGAGCGGUCACCCUCGACAAUUUAGAUGCUGCGCAACGCGAGGUCAUUGAGAUGCAGAUUCAGCUCUGCGGUCAGAUCCCCUCCCAGCUGCUGAUAGAGCCGCACCCACCUCGCUCCUCCGCCAUGCACCUGUGUUUCCUUCCCCAGAGCCCUCUGAUGUUUAAGGAUCAGAUGCAGCAGGACGUCAUCAUGGUGCUCAAGUUCCCCUCCAACUCCCCUGUCACACACGUCGCAGCCAACACGCUCCCCCACCUCAGCAUACCGGCAGCCGUCACCGUCACGUGUAGCCGGCUGUUUGCGGUCAACCGCUGGCACAACACAGUUGGCCUCCGUGGAGCUCCAGGAUACUCCCUGGAACAGGCUCAUCACCUGCCCAUUGAGAUGGACCCUCUCAUAGCAAACAACUCAGGCGUGAACAAGCGUCAGAUCACUGACCUGGUGGACCAGAGCAUCCAAAUCAACACACACUGUUUUGUGGUUACUGCCGACAACCGCUACAUCCUGGUCUGCGGCUUCUGGGACAAGAGCUUCCGUGUUUACUCCACUGAAACUGGAAAGCUGACCCAGAUAGUUUUUGGCCACUGGGAUGUGGUGACGUGUCUGGCGAGGUCAGAGUCCUACAUCGGAGGAGACUGCUACAUCGUUUCAGGCUCCAGAGACGCCACUCUUCUUCUGUGGUACUGGAGUGGACGACACCACAUUAUAGGGGACAACCCUAAUAACAGUGACUAUCCUGCCCCCCGGGCAGUACUGACAGGACAUGACCACGAGGUGGUGUGUGUGUCUGUCUGUGCAGAGCUGGGAUUGGUCAUCAGUGGAGCUAAAGAGGGCCCGUGUCUGGUCCACACUAUUACAGGGGACUUGCUUAGGGCCCUGGAGGGGCCUGAGCUGUGCCAGAGGCCCCGUCUCAUCUCAGUGUCCAGCGAAGGCCACUGCAUCAUCUACUACGAGAGAGGCCGCUUCUGCAACUUCAGCAUAAAUGGAAAACUGCUGGCGCAAAUGGAGGUUAACGAUUCCACACGGGCGAUCCUGUUGAGCAGUGACGGACAGAACUUGGUGACCGGAGGUGAUAAUGGGGUUGUGGAGGUGUGGCAGGCGUGCGACUUCAAACAGCUUUACAUCUACCCAGGCUGUGAUGCCGGCAUCCGUGCCAUGGACCUGUCACAUGACCAGAGGACUCUGAUCACUGGCAUGGCGUCCGGCAGCAUUGUGGCGUUCAACAUAGACUUCAACCGCUGGCACUACGAACACCAGAACAGGUACUGAGGUGGACAGCUUGAGGAAGAGGAGGGUGGAGAGGAGAGAUAGAACAAGAGGGAAAGGAGAUGAUGCAUUCUGCUGUGUAUCUGCGACGUGGGGAAACUACAGGUACUGAGAGGAAGGAAAAACAAGUACCGGACCUUAGGCUCUAUUCCGUUGAAGAAGUUUACUUGAUAUGAGGAUGCGGCAGCGCUGCUGGAAAUAACUUCCUCUGUGCAUACGUGUAAGUACACACACGUGUGUAACCACAGACACAUAAUACCCCGAAGAUACACACCAAAACCUGCUAAUAAAAUAGACAGACUGCAGAAUGGAGAGAAAAAGAGCAAGUCAAGCAGACCUUGUAGAGGUCGAUCAUAUCCGUACCACUCACAGGACUGGUGCAGUUGCUGUUGCUGGUACGCUUAAUGCUUCACAGACAAUGAACCUAAGUUUUGUUUUCUCCUUUCUUUUUCUCGUUUUCAAAUUUUUGUUCCAUACUUUUCAUUUGAGGGGAGUUGCAUCUGGGAAUUAUUUGGGUGGACUAUGAAUUAAGACUCCUUCAAUGUGUCUAAACUGAUUAGAAAUGGUCAGAAAUGAACCAGCCCCACCCACUAUUCAGAUACCGGUGCUAUUGGCUUGAUCUUAAAUUCACCCUUGAAAAAAUUGCCUGGGGUAUGAUUUUAUUUUAUUUUACCUUAUUUGAUUUUAUCAGGUUUUAUUUUAUUUUCUAAUAUUAAUUUUCUUUUAUUUUUCUUUUACCCACAGCAGGGUUAAGUCUGAUUUUUAUGUAAAUAAGGCUCUGCUUCCUUCAGAGUCUACACUUGUUCUUUCACUACACAAACUGCGCUUAUCACCUUUAAUUUAUUAAUGACUUGCUGUAUGUAAAAUAUUGUGUAAUAAUUAUUAUAAUGUUGACAAGACUGAUGGUAAUAACGGCAGUGUCAAGGAUGAUGAUGGGUUUUGCCGGAGAUGGUGAUGAUAAAGAGGUCUUGCCAGUGCCACCACAGAUGACAACCACAAGACUGACAUGAUUUCCUUUGUAUAUUUGGUGAUUGUUUUGUCAAAUAUGUACAUAUAGUCUUGGUUCAGGCUUGGUGGGAGACUUAAUCAGCUGAAUAAGACUGAAACUGCAAAGGAAACCUUCACUUACCCACAUUUGUUGAUUAUUUAAAAAAAGAGAAUCAAAUCAAUGUAAAAGUUUGUUUUGUAUUUGCACUUUGCACCAAUCACAUAUCAUUAUUUAUUAGCUUGGUUCUUUCUGGUCGGCUGCCAUUUUGUUUCGGUCCAUUUUCCCGACGGGAUUAUUUGUGCAUUGAUGUUUGUAUUUAAAAACGUUGAGCUCAUGUGUGAUUAUUAAGUUUUACAACCUCACAGUUGUAAGCAAUAUCAUGAUUCUGUAGCUGAUAGAGGUGGGAAGGAGGGCGGAGAGGGGAUGAUGAAAAUGUGAGAUGUACUGUAUGUGUGAAGCCAUCUUGAUCAAAUGCGCACAUGCACAUACUCUAUCGACAGGUUCAACUUACGUAUCCAAAAAAAGGUUAAAUAUUUUUGGAUCUAUGAAACCCUAAAAACUAUUGUAUUCAUGUUUUAUUGCAAAGAUGUAAAAUAUGACAUGUGUGAGUUGAA